CUGUUGACAAGACAUGAGAGUGCUCCCUCGUCUGGCAGCAACUGUGGAUUAACAUGAAGAGAAGACAGAAUCCUUCCUUCACCCAACCAACUCCACCAUAAGGACCAACGUCAGUCAGUGCAUAUGUGAAAGAGGGAGCGAGAAAGAGAGAUAGAGGGAGCCACAAUCUGCUACUGCAGCUGCUUCAACUCCACAUUCAAAAAAAAUCUUCACCAUUUCUGUCCAGUCUCACCUCAACAGACCAGCUUUAAAGCAAAAACAAAAACAAACACACACAAAAAAAUUACAGCAGAAUCACUUCUACUGCAAUACAUUGGGACCGCUGGCAUUUGGAAUUUACUUCAGUUACAUUGUGGGGGUAGGUCCAGAGCACUGGAGCAGCACUGGACCAACCGCAGAUGGACACGAUUUGCCAACAGAGAGCAAUUGCUCCUGCACAACAACAUUGAGGCAUUUGAGUGCACGUCUCCGUGCCAGUGGAUUAUUCAUACAGUCUUUGUGCCAGAAAUUGAGAAGACCAUGAAAAGAGGUCGGCUACCGAGCAGCAGUGAUGAUUCUGAUGACAAUGACAGUCAUUCAACUUCCUGGUCCCAGCAUUCCAAAUCACGGCACAGAAGAAGCUCUACAUCAAGGCAUGAAGACCGAAAACCAUCCGAGGUCUACAGAACAGACCUGAUAACUGCAAUGAAGCUACAUGAUUCGCACCAGCUGAACUCGGACGAUUACUAUAUCUUGGCUGACUCGUGGAGGCAAGAAUGGGAGAAGGGAGUUCAAGUACCAGUUAGCCCUGAAUCUGUGCCACAAGCAACAGUCAGAAUUACUGAGGAAAAGGAUAAAGCUGUGAUAUUUGCCAGGCCAAGGAAGUAUAUUCACUCCUCUGGCUCUGAGCCGCCAGAACUUGGUUACGUGGACAUUCGCACGCUUGCGGAAAGCGUGUGUCGCUAUGAUCUGGAUGACAUGGAUGUAGCAUGGCUAAACCUGCUGAACGAAGAAUUCAAAGGAAUGGGGAUGACUGAAUUAGAUGAGUUCACCAUGGAGAAGGUCAUGGAGGAUCUGGAGCGUAGAUGUUAUGACAAUAUGAAUCACGCCAUUGAGACUGAAGAAGGUCUAGGAAUUGAAUACGAUGAAGAUGUGGUGUGUGAUGUGUGUCAAUCUCCAGAUGGUGAGGAUGAUAACGAGAUGGUUUUCUGUGACAAGUGCAACAUAUGCGUCCAUCAGGCUUGUUAUGGAAUUUUGAAGGUUCCAGAAGGCAGCUGGUUAUGCCGGACUUGUGCACUUGGUGUCCAGCCCAAAUGUUUGCUUUGCCCCAAGAAAGGUGGAGCGAUGAAGCCUACCCGCAGUGGGACGAAGUGGGUUCACGUUAGUUGUGCUUUAUGGAUCCCUGAGGUUAGCAUAGGCUGUCCAGAAAAGAUGGAGCCAAUAACAAAGGUCUCGCAUGUUCCUGCCAGCAGAUGGGCCUUAAUGUGCAGCUUAUGUACUGAGAAGACUGGAGCCUGCAUACAGUGUUCAGUGAAAAACUGCCGAACAGCCUUCCAUGUGACAUGUGCAUUUGAUCGCAAUUUGGAAAUGAAAACCAUCCUCGCAGAAAACGAUGAAGUGAAGUUUAAGUCCUACUGCCCGAAGCACAGCAGCAAGGAACCCGAUGAGGGCAACAAAAGCUAUUCCACCGUGGAGGUGCAGGAGAAACCCGCCAUUGUGGAAAGUGCCCUGGACAGCAUGGACCAGAGCCAGGAGGAGGCUCAAAGGAUCAGCCUCCGCAAACAAAAACUCCAACAACUGGAGGACGAAUUUUACAACUUUGUCAGCAUCUCCGAGGUGUCCCAGCAUUUGAAGUUGGCCGAGGAACUUGUGGAUUAUGUUUAUCAGUACUGGAAAGGGAAAAGGAAGAGCAAUUUCAACAAGCCUCUCUUCACUCCCAAAAAGGAUGAGGAGGAUAAUCUGGCAAAGCAGGAACAAGAUGUCCUCUUCAGACGGCUGCAGCUUUUCACACACCUCCGGCAGGACCUAGAGAGGGUUCGAAACCUCACUUACAUGGUGACACGGAGAGAGAAGAUUAAGAGAUCGAUCUGUCGAGUCCAAGAGCAAAUAUUCCACCACCAGAUGAAACUCCUCGAGGAAGAGCGCGUUUCUGGUGUGCCUUCAGCAUUCCCAUCAGAAGAUACAUUAUUCCUCAGUUGGUUGGCACAAUCUCAUCCGGUUUCCAAAACAGGUGGUUUGCCAUGGAAGUCGAACAGAGAACUAGAGACGAGCCAGCGUCCUGACCACUACUCGGACAAGGUCUGGCGUGAGAAGAGUUCACAUUUGAGUGGCAGAACGCAAAGCUGCACUGACUCUGCUAAUCAGAGUUUGUUGAAACAAUCAAACCGAUCCAGUGAGUGCAAAAACAUAGCAAGCCUGCACAGCGUCAGGGAGGACUAUACCAUCAAGAGUAUUCUCCCGCCAUACGGUAAGGUUCGUACCGAGUCGCGAGCUAAUGCCCGUGAGAGAAAUAAUGGCCUGACUGCACCUGACCACAGGAAGAAAACUGACAGCAGUGGACGCAGUACAGGGAGUAAAGCAGAAUUGAGGGAAAGAGUGUGUUCAAAGCGGGACAAAUCCUAUGUGCCUGCAGAAUUAACGCUGCGGCAGUCUGAAAACAAGCGGGCUUUGUGUGCCCCAAUGUGUAAAAUGACCUCCGUCAGCAUUCGGAGGUUGUCUGGGGAUGGCAGCCACUCCCACACCAAAUGUAAUGGUAGCCUGGGCAAGACAGCUUGCAACCAAACUGCUGUUCCUACUGGUCGCCCUGCAGUUAAAGUGCCUACAACACCUACAAGUCCAGUGAAAAACUGGGGUGGGUUCAGAAUCCCAAAGAAGGGAGAAAGGAAGCAGCACGAGGAGAGACAGCAGCCCUGCAGGCAGAACUCCGAAUCCACAAAAUACCAGCACUUGGGAGCGCAAAAAAUCUCUUCCAAAGAGAGGGCAAAGAUGAGGUUACUGCCGGACAAUGAGAAUGAUGGCUACAGUCCUGACGCUGAAAUGAGUGACUCCGAGACAGAGUCAACAGACAAUUGCAAGCCACAACGGCUAAAUUCAAACAGUGCAAUGGUGAGCAGGAGGUACGGGACAGAUAUUAUUCGAAGAAGCAUUCUGGCCUCUUGAUCUAGAGAAGUGACGCAUCCAGUACACUGCCUGUAUUCACCUCCAAUCCCAACAAUAUUUUGAUGUAAUGCCUUGUUGUUUUUAUACUUCUUCAGGCUAAGUAUUUGGAACCCAUGGACAUUUCCCAUCAUAGCUUGUUUGUCAGUGAAACACUUGUGUUUAAGUUAAAUGCUACAGUUUGGUAGUAUAAAAUCUGCCCCAUGUACAGUAAUUAGUGCAUCCGAUGGGCCUUUUGAAAGGUAUAUUGAAUCUGAAAAGACCAUAAAAAGAAUUUUAAAAUGAAAAUAUAAACACUAAAUAAAAAAAAGGUUUAAAAAUAAUGACAUUUGCUAAGCAUCCUACUAGUUAAGUAAUUAGCAAUCACCAUUUCUUUAUUGACUUAUUUUUUAAAAGCAUGUUUUAAAAAGAUAAGAGUAACUUUAAAAUCUGCAGGUUGUGUGAUCGGUCUGGCUGGACUUAUUCCAGUAUUUGGGCCAACAAAGGAUUAUAAAAUAAAAGCAGCAAACUCUAAGUUCCUCGGCAGAUACAAACCUACAGUUUGUUUCUUAAAACCCAGUGGUCACUAACAUUAGAUUUUCAGAUGUGACCAUGUCAGAGUCCUUUGCUUUAAGAUAUACAGCUGGCCUGUAAACAUAGUCGGACAGAAGCACAUUAAGUAGGCAGUGGAAACAGUGAAAAUUGAGAUAAUACAGCAGCUGAAGAAAGGAAGGAAUUCCCUCGAGUCCAUAAAUGCUGGCAGUGGUACAGUAAACUAGCAGGGAUGGCUGACCAAGGAUUACUGGCACCCUAACGAGAGCUGGGAGUUGUUGCAGGGAAUUUUGAUGUCUUUCUAAGUUGUUCCUGUACAACUGGAGUGAAACAUUUGUUAGGUAUGUAAUAAUUCAUAAGACUAUUUUAGAGCUAUACUUUAAAAAAAAAAAAAUUUGUGUAUCCCACGUAUCCAUUACUUUUAGUUUAGAUUGUUCCCUCAGAUUCUACUAUCCCAUUCCAUAUAUUUGGUUUUAUUUACAUAGAAUUUACAGCAUAGAAACAUUAUUAGAGUUGUUUGGGAAGUGGAAGCAGAGAAAACUGCAGAAGUUUCAAGUUAUUUUUUUUCUAUGUUGCUAUUUUCUUUGCAAUCUUAGAAUUCCACCAUUUCCAGUUCACUAGCUUGAUUUCACCCUCCCCCAAAUAACAGCCCUGCAAUGACUCUCUAAGUAAACUGCAGUAGAGCAGUUGCAUUACUUCAAUAGUCUGCAUCAUUUGUGUUCUUUGUCAAAAUUCUUUUGUGUGACCAGCAAAGAUGGUGCAGCAACAGCACUAAAAAGGGGAAUUCAUUUCAGUAAAUAGAAUAUUUUUAAUAUUCAGUCAUCAUUGUAAUCAAACCAAUAUUUAAGUAACCUGGACAUUCCUUUUUGGGGUUAAGCUCUAAUGGGGCUUAACUCGGGUUACUCUCAGCAAGGGAUGAAUUUAGCCAAGUUUUGAUGGCAUCAGGGAUUCGAAAAGAAAAGGGAUUCAAUCUCCCAAACUUAAAUACAACUGGUUGGUGUUUUUAUUGUCUAAUAAAUGUAAAACUAGUUGACUCAGUAACUUCUAAAAUACUAAACGGCCAUGUUAGUAAUUUACAUGGAACUUGUUUAAAAUUCCAAGCCUUCAACUUCUUAUAAAUUUGUUUCAAAUUAUCUUAAGCAAGUUUUUAAAUUCUCCAAAAAUCUUAUUAUGUAAAGUGUUGCAUGUACUGUACUGAAUUUAUUUACUGCUCAUGGGUUGUAAUGCAGUAGAAAACAUUUCAAGUAGACACUAUCAAUAUUGAACAAUUAUAUUUAAUUUUAUUAAGUUGCCUUUUCUAAUCUUCAUUCAGUGCAAUAGCUUUGUAUUAAUUUUUGUAAAAAGAAAGUUGUAGAAAGGAGAUCUUUCACUUGCAUGUUUGACAUGGAGUACUUAUGCAUCUCGGAUCUGCAACUUUUUUUGAAAUAUUUGCAGUUUCUUAGUCUUUAGUGUUUAACAUGGAGGUAACAUUUGUGUUGUAUAGAAAGAAACAGUCACUAAUUUUAUGCCUUGCUAAGUUUUACACCUGUACUGAAUAAUUUUUGGGUAGAAAUAGACAGUGAAUUAAUAGUUUGAGUACGAUGGUUUGUUUAAAUAACCAUAACUUGACUGACAGUUUUAUGUUGAAGCUUUAUUUUCCCCCAAUUGUGCAUAGUUGUCAAGAUCGAUCUUAAAUUAUGAUUUUGGUAUUUUAUAUAUACUGUAGUUUAACAUUAGGCUAGUUGAGCUACUGUGUAGUUGCUACUGGCAUGCAUAUAUAGUUUUAAACAAAAGUGAUGUAAAGGGACAAUUUUCACACAUUCUGCGUCUGAUUGUUCCGUACAGACCUGCUGAACAAACUUUGCAGUGUGGUGUUGUACAGAGGAAUUCUAUCACCAUGUGCCUAGCAAAGUUUAACUGGUGUCCAUUUAGUUAACAAAGAGCAUGGAAAUAAAAGCGGAAAUAAAAUUUAUACAGAGAUGACUAUUUUAAAUUACCUGACUCUUUGCUGUAUUUAUUUUUCUUGUAAACUAUUUAUAAAACUACUUUUAAAAGAGAAAAUUCUGUUCUGUGAAUGUUGAAAACAUUUAGAUGAAUUGUGCCUUUUUUUGUGUUUGAUAUUGUUGGGUUUACACUAGUAGUAAUGAUAAUGGUACAUUGAUCUGUAAAAUGCUUCUCAAAGUUAAAUCUCAUCUGGAACCAACAGAGGCACCAGCCUUUACUGUGGCCUUGUAUAGGCCAGAAUAAUAAAAAUGAGCAACUGCAACAUUGUCUUCCUUUUAUGCAUCUGGGAUUUCUCAUUAAAUUUUGAGAUGUUUUAAUUAAACUUUAUUGAUAGCGAUAAACCUACUUUCUUACUUUUUUUAAAGCCAGUGUUAUUAGAAAAUUCAUGGAGUCACGUGAUGUUGAAUAUGUCAAGAAAUUAUUUUUUUACUUUUCUUUAAAAGAUGGUUCUACAUAACCAAUCAGUGACAGAUAAUUAAAUGGGAUCUUGUCUCUUACACAAGUUACAUAAUCCAAAUAAGCUUUUUCAUCAUUCAUUGAAAAUCUGCUAGAUGUCAUUCUCCUUCUGUAGCACUAUCUGCCCUCCUAUGAUGAAACAUUGCAACCUUCCAGUUCCUGCGUACAAAACCCUGCUUUUCCUCUUAAAUGAAGCACCAUGCUUCACCAGAACAUAUGUACCACUCUACACUGUGCAAUAAUUGUAUAUGCUUUGUUUUCUCGCCCCUAGUAAAGCUAAACUACAAUGAAAAA